GUAAAACUCACCAACACAUGUAUAAUUUAAAUCAAGUUUACUAGGAAAUGAGCUUAAAUUUUUUUAUUGUUUUGCAUCGUUCAUUUAAAUAAAUAACUACUGUGGUUUUGGUGGGGUUCAGGGACGAAUCUUCAUAUUUAAACAUAUUCUUGGAGUGAGAGUAACGAAUUUAGCUCAGUAGUCUAGGUAGUACCUACUCGAACGCAAAUCAAAGUAGUUAUUUCCAGGCUAAGUGAAGUGUAGGUACCGGUUUAAUAUGAAAUACAUUCUAAUUGUUUUCUUAUGUACCGCGGCGUUUGUUGCUGCUACGGAAGUUAAGAAAUGUCCUAAAAAUAAACACGGAAUAAAAUACGAUGAUCUAGAAGAUCGUGUUAAUCUUCAAAAUUGUACAAAACCACCGUGUGUAGCAAAAAAAGAUACAUUCUUGAAGGUUGAAUUCAAAUUCACUCCAGAUCACGAUGUGAAAGGUGCUGUGAAUAAAGUAACUGCUGAAAUCCUGACGGCAAAACUUCCCUUUCCCGGUGUAGACGGACAAUCAGCAUGUUCUCACAUCUACGAAGCAGAUAAGAAAACUAAGGUCGAAAAUUGUGAAAUGAAAGCCGGAAAAGAUUAUUAUUAUAGUGACGGAUUUGAAGUUUUGAGAAUCUAUCCAAGAAUUCAAACAAAUAUUCAUUGGGAGCUCGUGGAUCCAAGCAAUGGAAAAUCUCUUAUUUGUUUCGAGUUUAUUGUUAACAUCACCAACUAAUUAUAUUCAUAUCAUAUUGAAAAAAUAAAUUCAUUACAUUACUACAUUUUAGUUUAUUUUUUCACAUUGAAUACAAACAUAACAAAUUCUGCACCGGUAGGUUUUUAAUGGACACUAUCAUUUAUCAUGUUUGUACAUAUUUCGGUAUGUGCCUCCGGGAAGAUAUAGGACUUAAUAUACCAGGACGCAGCGGCUUCUUUUUCCAAAUGACGAAUCCGACCGUCAGUCAAUCUACUAGUAGUGGGUGCAUUGCUGCACUCGUAAAAAAAACUUUCCUAAGGUAAUAAUAUCCCAUGUGGAAUUAUUCUUACACAAAAUUGAUAUCAACUAGAAAAAGAAAACAAUCGUCAGUCGUGCGGCAGGCAAGGGAUGAUGCGUCAGUCGAGUACGUUAACUUGACAAAAACUAUGAAUUUUAAAUUAUCUAAUCCCACUUUGAAUUCUUCCACAUCAUUUUAUACACACAAAAUUAGUCCCAUAAGUACCUGGCCUAACAAAAAAACACACAACAACACACAAAAAUUUAUUUUUAAACGUAAUCUCCUUUUAGCUACAUUUUUCUGUUCUUCAUUGCGGGGAAAUUUUUGACCACCAACAAUACUAUCUUCUUAGCCAAAUGCUGCCGUUUUUGCUUGAUUUAUUCGCAAUAAGUUCACAUACUAGUCAUCACCGUUUAUAGUUUCUUUUUUUUCAAGAUAGUCAAUGGUAAUUAUCCCGGCGUAUUCCAAAAAACCGAGGCCAUGACCUUGCCUUCAGAUGGAACGGUCUUUGCCUUCUUUGGAGCCGAUCCUCAAUUUUCAGUCCAUUGUUUUGAUUGUUUUUUGGGGUUUCGGUUGUGAAGUAAUGGUCCCACAUUUCAUCCAAGGUGCAAAAAUUCGGCUUUUUUCCUCUGAAACAUUAACAAACACUCGAUAGAAAUAUCCUCACGGCACUGGUUUCGUUCCAGCAUAUAUAAGAUCUCUUUUACUCUGUUUUUUAGCAUAUCUGUUGGAUGUAAUUUGAUAAGUUGAUAAGUUUUUCUGGUUCAUAACAUUAUCCAUUUAUCAAGAAAUGAGUGGUCAAAUCUUCGGUCAGUCGCUUACGUUUCCAUCCAAACUGUCACCUUCUUAGAAUGCAUAAACAUAAUUUUUACUUAUCGAACCUAACCAGAUUUUUCCAUCAAUUGUAACCACGGCAAUCAUUUUUAAGAACUUUUCUAACAAUCUACCUUCAAAAUUUUACGGCUCUACUGGCGUUGUUUUGUUGGGAUCAAUGUUGGCGAUGGAUUCAGCAAAAAGUGGGCAAACAAAUAAUUGUUUGGAGUUUUAUAGAAUGAUGAAAAAAUUGUUUCAAUUGUCUUCAUAGUUAGCCGUAAAUAUCUAUAUCGACAUAAUUCAACCUCAUAUGAAAUGAUAGUUUACCAAAAAUUCACUAGGCUGUGAUCAAACUAAAGAAAAAAAAAUAAUUCUUAACUUAACGAUGAAGUUGUUGGUAAUAAUAUCUUUUUUUUGCGUUUUGUAACCGAUAGAUUUUAUUAGUCUUAUUCCCAGUCUGAAGAUUAUCCGAACGAUUUUUUCUGUAACUAAAAAUUAUUCAUUGAGCAGAGCUUUCCAUUCAAUUAGUCUUUUUUCCUUCAUUUAUCUAAUAAUCUAGAAAUGUUGCUUCACUUUCUCACUCUCAUUCAAAGGAUACAAAAAGAAAUUUAUGGAUUUUGCUAAAUAUAAUCAGGAUAAUCAGAUAUUUUGAUUGAAUUAGUGCGUUGUCGUGAAUCUUUGACUGUGAGAAGUUUGAAUUGAAUCUAAUCUAAGAAAUUGGUUACACACAUACAUACAUAUGAAACUAAUACAAGUGUGAUACUUUUGGAUAUAAAACAAAUUUCAAUUUAAAAACAAUGUUUAAUAAAAAGUUUCGUAGAAGAAAUUCUAAUUUGUUUUAAAAUUUUUAGAUACAAACUGUCGUGCAAUGGGCCCUUGAGGGAUCAGAUGAGAAAAAUUUAAUGUGUUUUGUAGUACCUGUCAGUAUUAUUUAGUUGAAAAGCAAUCACCUACAACAGUAAAAUAAAGUUUCAAAA